UAAAAUUGUUCCAUUAUGAUGUUUUUGUAUUUAAAUUGAUAAUAUAUAUUUUAUAUUCAAGUCAUUGUGAAUAUACAACAAUACGCCAUACAGACAUAUGUAUUUAAAUUUAAGCAGUUUUUGCACUCUCUACUCUACAUAUUUUUUAUACUGCAAUGGAUACAGAUGAUAAUCUCACAAAGCAGAUUGAAGAAGUUGAGGCUCUCACAUCAAUCUAUGCUGAUGAUUUUUUAAUUGAUAGUGAAACACAUAGGUCAUAUAGCAUUAAAAUUAAGGACAACAAUAAUGAAGUGAUAUUGAGUGUGACUAUGCCAUCAAACUAUCCACUUCAAGCACCUCCUAAGUAUGAGUUCUCAGCUCCUUGGAUGGAUAGAAAAGCAAAAGAAAAUCUUCGUUAUAGUUUAGAGGAAGUUUAUUUAGAAAAUAUUGGUGAAACUGUUAUAUUUCAAUGGGUUGAAAAAAUAAGAGAAACAUUACAAAAAAUAAAGCCACAGAAAGAAGAUAAAAAGGAAAAGGCCAUUGUAGUAGAAACAUUAGAUAUGUCACAGCUGGAAAUAAACUGCCCAGAAAUAACACAUGGUGAAGUUAUUAUUGAUAGGAAAAGCUCCUUUCAAGGUCAUGCAGCUGAAGUACACAGCUUGGAUGAUGUUACGGCAGUCCUCUUUAAGUUGAAACAAAAUAAAAAGAUUCAAAAUGCAACACAUAACAUGUAUGCAUACAGAAUAGAGAGACAAGCAGCCAAGGGCACAACAAUACUUCAAGAUUGUGACGAUGAUGGGGAGUCUCAUGCUGGGGGAAGAAUGCUGCAUUUAUUGCAAAUUCUAGACCAGAAGAAUACACUUGUGGUGGUUUCAAGGUGGUAUGGUGGAAUACAAUUAGGUCCAGACCGAUUUCGGCACAUUAACAAUGCAACUAGACAAGUUAUACAACAAGCAGGCUUGCUUAAAAAAUGACAGUUAAUAUUCUAUAGCACAUAAAUGCGAAAAUUAUUGGCAAUAAAUUCAUGCAUCUAUUUUUAUAGAAAAAUUGCUUAAUGAAAAUCGACUCUUUAUAUUAUACUUGGAUUGUAAAUAAAUUUUUAUUGUUAUA